CACACAGAUAUGAUAUGUCGUGAUGUGACACAAAUGAUUCAAGUUUCGCUUCGUCAACAGAAAGAUGGCCAGCACACUAUUUCGCGCUCUUCCCCGCCUCGUCUCUUCCCUACACACCACGCCCAUCCUCAGGCGCCCACGCUCUCACCAGGCCCUCGUCAGGACCAUCACCAGCCUCCACGGACUGCAGGGCCUCGCGCAGCCAUGGCGGGUGCCAACGGAAGAAGCUCCUGAACUGGUGGAGAGCAAAGAACUGGCGCUACACUUGGAAGCCCUCCAGCGGUGGCACAAAGAGGCCGAGUUCCUGCGGGAGGCGAGAGUCCUUCCUCUAAGCGUUGACGACCAGAUCAAUCUCAAGGCAGAGACUCGAGACCAAGUCAAGGACCUCAUGGAGACUCUGAUUGAGGGAAAUAUCUUGGACGUCCGUCGGGGUUGGGUCCUCGCCUCCAGCUUUUAAUGCUUUCCAUAUUUCCAUUCCCGACGCCAAUGUUCCAUAUCAGUGAACCUCCUUCGGCCUUGAGCGACGACCAAAGCCUAAGCGCCUUCCUCGUCAACGACGAAGGCGCUGUGACA